GUUGAAUAUGGAAGACGAAGAAGAGUAUGAAGCGGAAGAAGUCGAAGAAUUGGAGGAGGGGGCGACCUCGUCGUGGUGAAGCUGUGGGAAUGUGAGGUGCUACAUUCUUCAACCAUGUUGAAACCUCUGAACUUCCUGUCCGCAUCAUCAUGUCUGAUGUUCUCCCGCCAUUCAAGCUUUGUCUCCAAGAUGAGGUACAUGAACAAACUGAAGCAGGACGACGAAGCGUGCGUCGACGCUCUUCUCAACGGUCGUCUUCUCCUCUUCCAUCGACUUGCCCCUCUGCUGCGGCGAAGCGAAGGAGGACGCUUCCGAAGCAGAAUGCUGCAAUGCUCAGAUGUACAAGCUGUUCUUCAGAAACUUGGCACCGACGUGUCGUUGGUGAAGGAAUCGUUUCUGAUCGGCUGUGAACAUCAGGCUCAGUUCUGCCUCGAUGUCGGUCAGCUGGAUCGGGUCUCAGUGGAGAACUUGUGUGAAGGAACGUUUGUUGACCUGAACAAGGCUUUUUUCCUCUUGUCCGGGGUGGAGGCGCCUCUAGUGGCCAAGGGUAAGGCUCUGCUGCAUUGGCAUCAGACCAACAAGUUUUGCGGCGCUACCGGUCAGCUGACCCGCCGCAACCAAGCAGGAAGUCAGAGAGUGUGCAGCAGCAGCGGAAGAGUCUCUUAUCCCGUGAUGUCGCCGGUGGUCAUCGUGCUCGUGUCCGACGGGAAACGUUGUUUGCUAGGCAGACAGCCGUCCUUCCCGCCGGGCUUGUACAGUGCCUUGGCUGGAUUCUGUGACAUGGGUGAGAACCUGGAGGAGGCGCUGUGCAGGGAGGUGGCAGAGGAGGUGGGUCUAGAAGUUCAGAACAUCUCUUAUAGCUCCUCACAGCACUGGCCCCACCCACACAGCUCCUUCAUGCUGGGCUGCCAUGCCUCUGUCAGUCCCGCCCACACUGAGCUGAGUGUGGACCACACGGAGCUGGAGGACGUGCGCUGGUUCAGCCUGGACCAACUCACCGCCGCCCUGCAGGUGAGGGCUCCGCCCCCCAAAGGCCAGCGUGGCGUUCUGUGGCUGCCACCCAAACACGCCAUCGGCCACCACCUCAUCAGCGAGUGGGUCGAGCGACAGCGGCGCCUUGAGGCGGGACAGGAAGUGGCUCCGGCUUAAUUUAGAAAUGUCCGUGUCUGAAGUCCAGUUAGAUUUGUUUAAAUAAAACAAAAUCUGAUGUUUUUAAUAUUUUGACUUUUAUUCUGAAAAUAACGACCAACAUAUGUCUCCUGAUCUUCAAAA